AUGGGACAGCAGCUGGAAAACACAACUCCAACGGAGUCGUUGAGGUCGUCGACGUCGUGGCGAUUGGAUACGCCGUUGGUUUAUUUGUUCUGUGGGAUAGGUGCCAUGCUUGCUCUCAUACUGGUGGCUUUGAUAAUGUUGGCUUGUUCUAAAUGGAGGACCCAAUCAACAGCUACCGGCGCCGGUGAAGAUAUCGAGGGUGGUGAUGAACACCCUCAGAAGGUGGCUCGGUAUGUGUGCAACGAUGGUGAUGAAUCUAAAGUCAGCCCCGAAAUUGUCGUCGUUAUGGCCGGAGACCAACUUCCGAGUUACUUAGCUGCACCUGCUCGUGUACCCGGCUGCAGCGGCACAAUCACCCAUCUCUCCGACCUGUCUCUCUAG